AUGGCAGAGACUGAGAUCUCAGUCCCUUCUGAGCAGUUCACCAAAAUCAAAGAACUGGAGUUGAUGCCAGAAGUCCUGGAGGAGAAGGCCGAGGAAGAUGGCGUGUGCAGAGUGAAGGAGGGCCCGAGACCUGGCGAGUUGGAGGCCCAGUGCACCUAUGAGGCCCUCCAGGCGAAGAUGCUGGAGGGAGGGCAGGAGCUGGUGCUGGUCCCCACAGAGGAGAGCCAGAAGCAAAUUCUGACCCUGCAGACGGUGCACUUCGUCUCUGAAGAUGUGGAGCUGCAGGACAUCAGCUGGCUGGCCCCUGAGCACCAAGAAGGGGUGCAGGUGGUGGUGCAGCAGGCCGGCAGCGGGCUCCAGCCGCUGCUGUGGCUUGAAGAGGGGUCCCUGCAGAGCCUGCACCAGUGCCUGGCCGUCAGUGGCCAAGAAGAGGUGUACGUCCUGCAAGAGAUGCAGGCGGCGCAGGUGCACGUUCUGGAGGGGAACACGGCCGCAGCCGCCGGGGACAGUGAGUUUGUGGUGAGCCUGGCUGAAAACACUGGCCUGAUUAAGCUUGAGGAAGGUCUGGAGGAAGCCCAGCUGGUGGCUGAAGGAGGGUUCAGCGGCGGAAGAGAAGAGCAGCUCUUUCUCUUGGAAGCCGGGCCGGGCGAUGAAGGAAGAGAAGAAAUUAUUCUGACGAUGUCACGCUUAAACAUGGAGGAACAAGAAGAUAAACCUGCAUCUGAUCCAGCGUGUGUUGAAAAAGCCACCUCUCCAAAAGAUCACAAAAAGGCAAAGGGAGGAGAACGAACCUUCCAGUGUGACGUCUGUGGGUUCACCUCUUCUAGAAUCUCGAGUUUUAACCGUCACAAGAAAACUCACAGCAAUGAGAAGCCCCACACGUGCCACCUGUGCCUGAAGGCCUUCCGCACUGUGACCCUUCUACGGAACCACGUCAACACCCACACGGGAACCAGGCCCUACAAGUGUGGCGACUGUGACAUGGCGUUUGUCACCAGUGGAGAGCUUGUCCGACACAGACGUUAUAAACACACUCACGAGAAACCCUUUAAAUGCUCCAUGUGCAAGUACGCCAGCGUGGAAGCGAGCAAGCUGAAGCGGCACAUCCGCUCGCACACGGGGGAGCGGCCCUUCCAGUGCGGCCUCUGCAGCUACGCCAGCAAGGACACCUACAAGCUGAAGCGGCACAUGCGGACGCACUCAGGCGAGAAGCCCUACGAAUGCCACGUCUGCCACGCACGCUUCACCCAGAGUGGCACCAUGAAGAUACACGUCCUGCAGAAGCACAGCGAGAAUGUCCCCAAAUACCAGUGCCCGCACUGUGCCACCAUCAUUGCAAGGAAGAGCGACCUGCGGGUCCACCUGCGCAACCUGCACACUUACAAAGCCACGGAGAUGAAGUGCCGCCACUGUUCUGCCGUCUUCCACGAACGCUACGCCCUCAUUCAGCACCAGAAGACCCACAAGAACGAGAAGAGGUUCCAGUGUGAACACUGCAGUUACUCCUGCAAGCAGGAACGGCACCUGACGGUUCACACGCGCACCCACACUGGAGAGAAGCCGUUUGCCUGCCUUUCCUGCAAUAAGUGUUUCCGACAGAAGCAGCUUCUAAACGUUCACUUCAAGAAGCACCAUGACACAGAUUUCAUCCCAACUGUCUACGAAUGCCCCAAGUGUGGCAGAGGCUUUUCUCGCUGGACUAACAUGCGAAAACACUCGGAGAAGUGUGAACCGGGGCAAGAAAAGUCGGCCACCUCGGGAGAAGGACGAAGAAUGAGAAGGAGGAAGCCGGCCGUCCCGAAGGAGGCGGGAAAGGAAGACGAAGCUGCUGCUGAGGAGGCUUCCGCUGCGAAGGGAGGACAGUCCCCAGGAGAGGCGGCUCCCGUCGAGCCCGGAGAAACCAUGGCGGGAACCGAGGACCUGGACGAAGACGUGACCUGCGAGAUGAUCCUGGACAUGAUGGACAAGCUGUAG